GUAAAAUUAGGGUUUUGAGUUCAUAGCACACACACACCUUCUCACUUUUGAGGUUCCGCUUCCUUCCUAUCAUCAAAUCCGGUGUAUAUAUCGAUUUGCUAGCUCAAAUGGACAACCUUGAGGAAGAUAUUCGUGCAUUGCAGCUCGACUCAUCUGUGGAAGAGAGUAAGGAAAUGGUUCCGAAUGAGAAUGAUGGGAAACCUGAAGAAUCUUCACUAGUUUCUGAUAACAUGGAAGGAGCGUCUGAUGAUAAAUUAGUAUAUGCUGAAGAUAGUAACUUGGUGCCUAAUGCUAAUGGUGGGAAUCCUGAAGAUUCUGUAGACGCUGAUGAUGAAGGAAAAGAACAAGUGACAUCCACAGUUGCCUCUGCUUCAGAACACACUGAGGAGGUGGAUGAGAGUAAUAAGAAGAGACAUCUGAAUGUUGUAUUCAUUGGUCAUGUCGAUGCCGGGAAGUCCACAAUUGGAGGCCAGAUACUAUACCUCAGCGGCCAAGUUGAUGAGCGUACGAUUCAAAAAUAUGAAAAAGAAGCCAAGGAUAAAAGUAGAGAGAGUUGGUACAUGGCAUAUAUUAUGGAUACCAAUGAAGAGGAGAGGCUGAAGGGAAAAACAGUUGAAGUUGGUAGAGCACAUUUUGAGACAGAGAGUACGCGGUUUACCAUACUGGAUGCACCGGGCCACAAAAGCUAUGUGCCUAACAUGAUUAGUGGUGCUUCUCAAGCUGAUAUAGGUGUAUUGGUUAUAUCUGCUCGAAAAGGAGAAUUUGAAACUGGGUACGAGAGAGGAGGGCAAACGCGUGAGCAUGUACAACUUGCAAAGACUUUGGGUGUUUCUAAGCUACUUGUUGUUGUCAAUAAGAUGGACGAUCCAACUGUUAAUUGGUCUAAGGAGAGGUAUAGUGAAAUUGAAUCAAAAAUGGUCCCAUUUUUGAAGUCCUCGGGCUACAAUGUGAAGAAAGAUAUUCAGUUUCUUCCAAUAUCUGGCCUUCAUGGUACUAAUAUGCAAACAAGAGUGGAAAAAAGUGUCUGCCCUUGGUGGGAUGGUCAAUGUCUAUUUGAAGCACUCGAUGUUAUUGAAGUUCCGCUGCGUGACCCUAAAGGUCCAUUUAGAAUGACUAUUAUCGACAAGUUUAAAGAUCUGGGGACGGUUGUUAUGGGGAAAGUGGAGUCGGGUAGUCUACGAGAGGGCAACAGUCUGUUGAUCAUGCCAAACAAGGUUCAAGUUAAAGUUCUUGCCAUUUUUAUUGAUGAAGAUAAAGUUAGGAGUGCUGGGCCUGGUGAGAAUCUACGAGUCAGGGUCUCUGGGAUCGAGGAAGAAGACAUACUGUCGGGAUUUGUUCUUUCCAGUAUUGAAAAACCAAUUCCUGCAGUUCAGGAGUUCAUUGCUCAGUUGCAUAUUCUUGAAUUGGUGGAGAAUGCUAUUUUUACUGCUGGAUAUAAGGCUGUAUUGCACAUUCACUCUGUCGUUGAGGAAUGUGAAAUCCUUGAGCUGAUGCAGCAAAUUGAUCCGAAGACCAGGAAGCCAAUGAAAAAGAAAGUGCUUUUCGUAAAGAAUGGGGCAGUUGUUAUAUGCCGUAUUCAGGUAACUAAUUUGAUAUGCAUUGAAAAGUUUUCUGAUUUUCAACAGCUUGGGCGGUUCACACUUCGUACUGAAGGAAAAACAGUUGCAAUUGGAAAAGUAAUUGAACUUGCGUAAUCAAUUUUGUUGUAGAAGGCAGGCUGGCCACCUACAUACCUCACGGGCUAACAUGGAGCAGAGUCUAAAGUCAGAGUUUCGUUGGCUGCAUCGUUCAACAAUUAUCAUGCCAAUUCUCAUAUAUUUUUCAUUGUUAAUGGUGAAAUGGGUGUGGUUACUGGGUUAUUAUACAGACUAGGCCAGUCUGUACAUACUGCACAGAUUACAGAAACACUGCACUAUGAAGGUUAUCUUUGUAGGAGUCUGAAAAGAGCUGACAAUCAGAUGUUUUGGUUAUGCAAUGAUACGAUGAAGUAUCGGAUGUCUUUAAUUUGGUCAAAGAUGUAUUUACUUGAUUAACCUAUUUGUGUUUGUUGGGUGAUUGGUUUAAAUGCAGGUUAUGAUAUAUUUAGUCAAUUAAGUCA